AUGCUUUGGCCACUCUUGAUAGCCUAUGCCACAUACCUUUCCUUUACCAAGACACACGAGCGGGGAGGUCGCGCCCCCAACUGGGCGCGAGACUGCUUCUUGUUCCACUGGUUUGCAAAGUAUUUCCCGAUACAAUUGCACAAAACCGCGGACCUAGAUCCAACGAAGAAUUAUCUGUUUGGCUAUCAUCCUCAUGGCAUCUUUGGUCUCGGUUCUGUGGCAUCUUUUGGUUCAGAGGCUUGUGGUUUUUCCAAAAAAUUCCCAGGACUCAUUCCGCAUGUCCUUACGCUGCAAAACAACUUCUACACGCCUAUCUAUCGUGAAUGGCUUAUGCUGUUGGGAUACAGGUCUGUUUCGCGGUCCAGUUGCGAGUCGAUUCUACGCUCGGGUCCAGGCGAGUCGAUCCUCAUCGUCGUCGGUGGCGCGCAAGAAAGUCUGGCUGCUCAUGCAGGCUUCAUGGAUCUUACGUUAAAGUGCCGCCUAGGUUUCAUCAAGGUCGCAUUGCGAACGGGUGCAAGUCUAGUUCCUGUGGUCUCUUUCGGCGAGAAUGAGAUGUAUUACCAGGUUGAAAACGAUCGCAAAUCCACUUUGUACAAGAUUCAACAAAAAAUCAAAGCUGCAUGUGGCUUCACUAUGCCCAUCCUUGUUGGCCGCGGAUUUUUCCAUCGGUACUAUGGCUGGCUUCCCUACCAGCGGCCAAUUAAUGUCGUGGUUGGUGCGCCGAUUCAUGUGGAAAAGAAUCCUAAUCCGACUCCGGAGCAAGUCCAAACGCUCCAGCAGGAAUACAUUCAAGCCCUUACCAGACUUUGGGAUGAGCACAAAGACCAGUUCGCACCAGAUCGAAUUGGCGACCUUCGAUUGGUAGAGUAA